UUCCUAACAGUUACCUUUAGUUUAAUUUAGUUUUUUUUUUACCUUACAUGUUUUUGCUAAAUAUUUUAUUUUGAUUGCUGUGUAUAAUGUCAUCAGCCAAAGAAAUUUUCAAAAUUAGUUUUCAACUUUUGGCUCAACAAACAGAUAACGUUAUCAAGGAUUUCUUGAGGCUCACCAAGGAUUUUAUGGACAACGGACCUAAUUCCAGUCUUUAUAAAAAAGCUGCAGAAAAAUUGCAGAUUGAUGAAGACAAAAUUAUAUCAAUUGUAAAAAGCAUAUGUCUCAUGUGUGUGCAAAGCUGUAAACAUAAACUAACUGAUAUGGAAAUAAAGGAGUCACUGACAGAAUAUGGUUUUAAUGAUACCAAAUUAGACAUGAUUGUAUUAUUUUAUGAAAACCAAAAACCCUAUUUACUAGAUAUUUUAUCAUCUAGUGCAUUUGUAUUCCCACAUUUCAAAGAACUAGAGUGGCGAUUUGAAACUGAUAUGGGAUCAAGAUCUUUAUUACAUCAAACAGUACCAGUUGUUACAUUGAAAUUAGAUUUAGAAAAAAAGAAUAUUUUCGAAUCAUUAUUUCUACAAACAGAUCCAUUAAACUUGGUUCACAUCAAAGAUACUCUAGAGGCUGCUUUAAAACAGAACCAAUCUCAAUGGAUAAGGAAAAUACGUAGAAAAUUGAAAUGAAGUUUUUUAAAACUUACCUUCACAAUAAAAUAAUAUGCAUAGAUGAUGACAAGCAAAGGUAAAUAGUAUGCGAACAUUCCAUAUACUAAA